GUUACAAUCACAAGUCUUUGAUGAACGUUGCAGAAUGGAAUUUUAGUUGUUGUUAAGUCUGGAAACUUUCUUCUGCUUGGUCCAUAAUGGAAUCAACCGUGAACAGUGGAGUGAUUCUUUCAGUUUACAUCAUUUCAUUCCUAAUCGGCUUCCCCUGUAAUCUCUUGGCUCUCUAUGCAUUUAGUACCAAGAUUCGUUCCAAGCCACGUCCAACAGACAUCCUGCUGCUCAACCUGACUGUCUCUGACCUGAUGUUUUUGAUCAUCCUGCCUCUCAAGAUGCACGAGGCAGCAUCUGAUAUGGAAUGGAAUCUGCCCAACUUCAUGUGCUCCAUCACCUCCUUCACAUUUUUCUCCACAAUCUACACCAGCUCCUUGCUGCUGAUGGCAGUCAGCGUGGUUCGCUACAUAGGAGCAGCAUUUCCUAUCGCCUAUCAGAAGCUGCACAAACCCGUGUAUGCAAUUGUUAUCAGUGCUGUUAUUUGGCUGAUCUCGACAGCACACUGCAGCAUUGUUUUUGUCAUCCAGCAUCACCCAUCUUUGGCCAGCAAUAACUCCAGUGUGUGCUAUGAACACUUCACAGAAGAGCAGAAGCAGAUCCUCCUCCCAGUACGUCUGGAGUUUUUCUUUGUACUCUGCCUCAUACCUCUUCUAAUUUGUGUUUACUGCUACUUGCGCUGCAUCUUGAUUCUAUACAGCCGGCCCAGGAUAUCCCAGAUGCAGAAACAGAAGGCCAUUGGAAUGGCCUCAGGGACUCUUGCUGUGUUCCUUAUUUGUGUUCUGCCAUACAAUUUAUCUCAUUUAGUGGGUUACAUCCAGGGACAAAGCCCAGAGUGGAGGUACUACAGCUUGCUGCUUAGUUGUUUCAACACCUGUAUUGAUCCAAUCAUUUUCUACUUUUCCUCCUCCAUCUUCCGCUUGUCAAGUGAAAAGUUCAUUUUCAGGAAUUGUAUGCUCAGUCCUUCAGGGUUCCAAGGACAUGUCAACAGCUCUAGCUAAGACUAACAUUUCAUUUCAUUAGUAAUUGUUCAUAUUUAGUUUGAUUAUAUUUGUUUGAGUGCAUAUUACAGAGAUAGAAUAAUAUGCAUUAUGUAAUGUCAUUGCAGUCUAUUUAACUUUUAUGUCUGGCACAUUUUAUCUUAAUCUAAAAUAUAUCCAAGUUUUCUGCUCCAACUAUUUUGGUGAUUAAAAAGACAAAAAAAAAAAACAUUGCUGCGUAACACUGGUGGCGCAUAGUGGAAAAGUGAGGUCAUUUUGAUAUAAACUGAUGCAUUAUUACCUGAUCUAGUCACUUUGCAUGUGUUUAGAAAAUGUGUUUACUGAUAGCGAGACAUAAGAAUUUUUUGAAAAAGCUGUACAGGGUUUUUCUGAACUUCCU